AUGAUACAAAGAUAAAUUUUAUUUUAAUUAAUCACUUUUAGGGCGUGGAUACGGCAUUAAUAGAUUCCUAGGGCUUUGGGAUUUGAAAGAAGAUCUGAAUUCAAUCCAUCUGAAGAUUAUGGAUCAUAAUUUCAAUUAAGAAGAAUGCAAUCUUUUAGUUAGACAAGAAAAAAAGCAAUUUCUUUGAAUUCUUGCAAAUAAUAUAAUAAUACUAUUGAUAUUGCUCAAAUUAUAAAUAAAUUCAAGUCCAAGGGCAUAACUAGAAUUAUCAAAAUCAAUUCCCUAAAAUAUAGAGAUUAGACUAGUUUAAAGACUUACGAGAUUAGGAUAUAUGAAUUAUCAAAGGGAUAUUUGAGAAAUCAAUUGAUAUGA